AUGAAUCAAUUUUUCAAUUACUACAAGAUGAGGCUGAGAGCAUCGAGGUUAGGUUAUCUAUUACUCCAGUUCACAGCAGUUUGCUUUUACGCACAGAACACAGUGCAGUCUCCUCCGAAUUUCAAGCACCACGUCACCGAGCAGAGUCGGCUGUCGGACCGCAUGAGCCGCCGGUUGACUCGAACCUACCAACUGUACAGCCGGACCAGCGGGAAGCACGUCCAGGUGCUGUCCAACAAGAGGAUCAACGCCAACGGAGACGACGGAGCGGCGCACGCUAAGCUCGAGGUGGAGACGGACUCUUUUGGGAGUCGUGUGCGGAUCAGAGGGGUGAAGAGCGGAUACUACAUAUGCAUGAAUAAGCGAGGGAAGCUGAUUGGGAAGAAGAAGGGAAGAGGCAAAGAUUGCAUCUUUACGGAGAUUGUUCUGGAAAAUAACUACACAGCGCUCCAGAAUGCCAAAUACGAGGGCUGGUACAUGGCUUUCACACGCAAGGGCCGUCCAAGGAAGGCCUCAAAGACCAAGCAGCACCAGAGAGAGGCCCACUUCAUGAAGCGGCUACCUAGGGGGCACUUGCUGAGUGAGAGAAGACCAUUUGAUGUUCUUCCACUCUCUGUUCUUCCUUUAAGCAAGCGGACUAAACAUUCCCAUCAGCAGCGCUCAGUGGGCCGCUGAGGGCCGACAACAUGGACAAAUCAUCACGGACAAACCACUACGAGAGGGGAAAAAAAACAAAAACUAUUCACCUUUCACAGUCAAAUGCCACUUUAUCUCUCAUUCGGUGGACUCCUUUUGUCAUUCUUUGCUCUGGAUUUUGUGUACAUAUUGACUGUCUAAUAUGAUAAUUAUUCCCAAUUUAGUGAGAAGGCAUUAGAUAAUGAUUUUUCUCAUUAAAUUCAUGGGAACAGACUGCUUGGUUAGAAGUUCAGUGGCAAAGAAUGUUUCAUGUACAAUGAAGCUAGACAUGGCAGCUAUCUCUGUUUAUAUUGAUAUGUGUCAGUUGACAUUCUAAUUUCCUUGAGGUCAUUUUGGACAAUUUUUCAACAUAUAUGAAUAUAUUUUUACUGUAAAAAAUGUAAAUUA